GGUGGCAGCGGCAGCGGCAGCGGGCAGGCAGGCAGUGGUGUCAAGUACUGGACGUGUACGAAAGCCACGCAAUUCAUCUGUAAAGGGAACGCUUUUUGGUGGCAGAAAUGUGGAAACGGAAGAAAAUUCCAAGAUGCGAAUAACUUGAUAACGGAUGUGGACGAUUUGACUGUCUGAAGGAGUAACGUUACGGAGUAAAAUAAUUCACUUGUCUGGACAUCAUGCCCUUAUUAUCACCACGGAAUUGUGAAAUGCUUCACACAGAUCAGCCUCGUGACUGACCUGUACAGUCCUCAACUAGUAAACCGGAAAAUAACACAUUUUCCCUACACUGGGGAAAACUAACGAGUUGGACAUAACAAAACCGGAGACCCCCAACACCUUACCUGCCCCGUUACCAGAUGCUUGGCGAAUGAACCAACCAUCCUAUCAAGAUUUCCAGGCAAACGUGACCACGGCCAACAAGACCCGCGUAAAAUCGGUGCAAUGAGAUGAGGCUCAGAAAUGGAACGGUUGCCACUGCGAUUAUUUUCUUCACGUCUUUCCUUAGCCUAUCUUGGUAUACGGCGUGGCAGAAUGGCAAAGAGAAGUUAGUGGCGUACCAGCGGGAGUUCCAUGCGCUGCGGGAGCGUCUGCGUGUGGCGGAGCAGCGGACCCUGCAGCGCUCCUCCGAGCUCAACAACAUCCUGGAGCAGUUCAGACGCGCCAUCGCCGAGACCAACGGCAGCAAGGAUGCCCUCACCAACUUCUCAGACGAGACGCAGAAGCUGCUGAAGGAGUUGGCCAAUAGGAAGCCUCUACAGGUGCCCAACAUCUACCACCACCUGCCCCACCUGCUCAACAAUGAGGGCAGCUUGCACCCCGCCGUCCAGGUGGGCCAGGGACGUACCGGAGUGUCCAUGGUGAUGGGCAUUCCCACGGUGAAGCGGAAGGUGAAGUCCUACCUGGCGGAGACGCUGCGCUCGCUGAUUGACAAGCUGUCCCCCGAGGAGAAGCUAGACUGCGUCAUCAUUGUCUUUGUGGGAGAGACGGACAUAGAUUAUGUGCACAGUGUGGUCACAGGCCUAGAGAAAGAGUUUACCACGGAGCUGAACUCUGGCCUCCUCGAGGUCAUCUCCCCUCCUGCCAGUUACUACCCCGACCUCAAUAAUCUCAAGGAAACCUUUGGUGACUCCAAGGAGAGAGUCAGAUGGCGGACCAAGCAGAACCUGGACUACUCCUUCCUCAUGAUGUACGCUGUCAAUAAAGGGGUCUAUUAUGUGCAGCUAGAGGAUGACAUCGUAGCCAAGCCCAACUACUUUGCCACCAUGAAGAACUUUGCCCUGCAGCUGGCGUCUGAGGACUGGAUGAUCCUGGAGUUCUCCCAGCUGGGCUUCAUCGGUAAGAUGUUCCAGGCUCCUGACUUGAAUCUGAUAGUGGAAUUCAUCUUCAUGUUCUAUAAGGAGAAGCCCAUUGACUGGCUGCUGGACCACAUCCUGUGGGUCAAAGUGUGCAACCCAGAGAAAGAUGCGAAACACUGCGAGCGUCAGAAGUCCAGUCUGCGCGUUCGCUUCAGGCCCUCACUCUUCCAGCACGUCGGCCUGCACUCCUCCCUUGCUGGCAAGAUUCAGAAGCUCACGGAUAAAGACUUCCUGAAGCCGCUUCUGCACAAGAUCCAUGUGAACCCUCCGGCUGAGGUCUCCACGUCUCUGAAGGUCUACCAGGGCCAUACGCUGGAGAAGACCUACGUGGGCGAGGACUUUUUCUGGGCCAUCAACCCCGCUGCCGGAGACUACGUGCUCCUCAAGUUCGACCGGCCCGUCAGCAUUGAAAGGUUCCUGUUCCGCAGUGGAAACCAAGAACACCCUGGAGACCGCAUUGACAAUACCACAGUAGAGAUCCUCCCCCUGAUGGAACCGGCAUUACAGACCAAAGAGAAAUACAAAAGAACAGAGGAUCGCUUCUAUAGAGUCGCCAACUUUGAGAAGGGUAUGGUGGAGGCCGCAGUGGACCCAGCCUUCAACCCGGUGGUGGCCCUGCGUCUGACCGUCCUCAAGGACUCCCCCGUCUGGGCCAUCAUCAGUGAGAUUCACAUUAAACGGGUGGCUGGAUAACUGCCUGUAGGACCCCCAGCCGAGUGACGAUGGUCGAUGCCUCCAGAAGGCUCAGCUGUGCUGUGCUUUGCUAUGUCGAGAGAGGGUCCCCCUGGUGCCACAACUGAGGAAAUGAAAGAAAAAUGAAAUAUCGACAGCGGUUUGGUAGAGGACGCGUUGCCUCGGACAUUGCCACCAUCUACCCCAAGCAAAUGCUGGCAUCUGUUUUUCUCCCUCUCUUCUUGUCCUCCACUGUACCUCUACCCCCCCCCCCCCCCCCCACAUACACACUUUUCAUCCAUUCAUUUGGCUGGCUGUGUUCCUUGUUAGAUUUCUACUCCCCCAACUCUUUGAAUUCUCAUGUGAAUGUGACUACUACUGUACAAAACUAUACUCCCCUUUCCUCCUUCCUGAGGGACAUUAUCAGACAUGGGAGCCCCAUGCUUUUGAAGAAUUGCGUCCAGUGCCAUCAAGGAGAGGUGCGAGUUUUGCUGAGGCAGAGAGAAUUCUGACACUCGCCGCUCAUCUUCGUACACUCCGGCUUCGAUGUGGAGACGUGCGUCAUGGACACACUCACACAGACUCUCACAAACACACACACACACACACAUAUAUAUACAUACAUACAUACACACACUCACUCACAUACACCUACAUAUUUGUUGCACCUGUUUUUGUUUUUAAGGGGAUGUUGCACUGAUAUGAGUGGCAGACAGCCCCUUCCUAAGGAAGAAUGUUAUUCAGUUAUAUCAGUUUUUUGAUGAACACACCUUAAGAACACCCCUUUUUUGGAUCUUGUGUGUGCGUGUGCGUGUGCGUGUAUGUGCGUGUGUGUGCAUAAACCCCCCAAAAUAUGCCAUUUGUUAAAAAAAAGAAAAAAAUCAUACAGUGGUAGACACUGGUGAAAAAAUCUCUUCAGAUUUGUUCAGUCAAUUUAGAUACAUUUACUAAGCUAAUCCCAGAAAAAGCCUGUCAUUGAUGGGUCUGCCAAAUGUUUCUUGAGGUAAACUUCUCACGAUGAAGAAACUGCUUAUAUCUUAAACUGCUUCCUGUCAAACAGGAACUUGUUCACGACCUUUAGUGUCCUUCACAAAAAAGUCAAUCAAGGCCUUUUGCCCCCAUGAAGGGAUAGAUGACGUUUACGUCUCUUAUUAUUAAUACUAUGACGAUCUAUGAAGGUGACUUUAAUUUAUUUGAAAUAAAUCUUUAAUUUCUACAAGACAAAGGAAAAAAAAUAUUUUAUUUUUUACUCUGUAAGAAAAGUCUAUGAAGCGUUUUGAGAGAAAGAAAUCACAAAGCUAGAUUGUUUCUGUAAAGUUUUUAUCUCAAUAUCUGGGUUUCGUUUCCUGUUUUGUGGAAUGUGAUAAGAGGAGUCUUGUAAAGCUGCUGUCGUCCAUGUCUGCUUUUGGUAUUGGUCUCUGCCUGCACAGUGCUGUGGCGUGCAGGUCCUCCACCUGUGUGCCUUACUCUGGUCUACCCCACCCCCACCCCCACCCCCACCCCCACCCCCACCUCUGGGGCCCUGCAGCAGCAGAACUGCCGCUGGGAGCAGAGCAGAGAGCCUGCUGGCAUCCACAAAUAAAAAUGUGCAGGACCUUAGUCAGUUGACUUCACAGGUGUAGGCUGAAGGCAUGACAUUCAUGAUUGUUUCACUAUGGGAGGGGAGGGGAGGGGAGGCAGGGUGUGUCUGUGUUGGUCGUCGUUGACUACUUCUUCAGGAGCUCAGGGUUCCACACAGCACCUAUACCCUCCCUAGUGAUGUGUCUUUUUUUUUCUUUUUCUUUUUCUUUUUUUUUUCUUUUGGUUUUUAUUUCAGUCUGAAGCUACCCAUCAUGCCCACUACAUGUUUGUCUCAUGAUUAUGUUGGUUUAAAAGAUGCCCAAUGUUUCUGUUGGUAUUAUCAUGUCCCAAGAUGUUAUUAGUCAUUGUAUAGUUUUCAUCAUGUAUGAGCGUGUAGUGGGAAGCCAUCGGGCACUUGCCGCAGUCAUGUGGUUGGACAAGAUGGAGAGAUAGUGAUGUGGGAAAGCACUCUGGUCACUGUGGGUCUCCUCUGGUAUUGAAACCUCACGGUCUGAUUAAAUGACUUCAUUGUUGCAGCUGGCAGCUUAACCUCUGCCCGUUGCUGAAAUAGCAGGGCACAUUUGUCCUUGUUCGGCAAAGGUUUUUUUUAAAUAUUUUUCCCCUUGACAUCCAUCUACCCUAGUGUUACCAGUUUCAUUUCACAUCGACCAUUCUGUGCAGUUUGGAAGAGGAUCUAUUUGAAUUUCACAUGCAGCAUUCACAUGUUUGGUGCAUGCUUAAAAGCUGUAGUUGUUUGUGGCAGAUUUUGUGAUAGGAUUUGCCUUCCAGUGUCAAGGUGUGGCACUACACUUUAAGACUGCAAGGUUGCUCCAGAGAUUUAGCGGUCCCAUUGUUGUGUAGUUCAGGCCCACUGUCCUCUGUCAAUCAGCUGGCUGUUAACACAAAGGUGAAAUUACUACUGUAUAUAUAUCACAAGUGCUCUCAUCUCAUUUGAUUGUACGUACUUGGUGAAACAAAAUGGAUCUGUCUGUUGUGGAGGCAUAAGCUGUACCUGAGCAAACUGUCUUUAUGUAAACAUAUCCAUUUCAGAACAUAGCUCAUAACACUGUCAUUCAUCAAGAGAGAUAAUGUGUCUGUUUUGUUUGUAAUAUAUGCCACCUGAUGGAAGGAUCACUGGAUUGGGUUUGACUAAGAAGGCACUAGGCAUAGGCUACAUAUUAAUCUGAAGGCAUCCUUUUUCCUGCACUGAAAUUUGUCCUGUUGAAAAUGCAAGAUAUUGAUGUGGCCAAAGUUUGAAAUGUAGUUUUAUUUUUUGCAAUUUUAUUGCCCUCUUCUAGUCAUCUUUGGAAACCUUUGGUACUGUCGCUUUUUGAGAUCUGGUCACUGAAAUGCAUUAUAGUUUAUGUUAAUUGAGUCCUGCCAGGUGCAGCCAAAUGUUUUUUCGUUUGUUUGUUUGUUUUUAGGCUGUCAAACGUUUGGCUGAACACAAGGGUAUGUUUAAUGUGAAAUUACUUUUGGACUGGUCACUUGAGAUCCUGAAUGUCUGUUGAGAACUGUCUAGCCUGUCAAACCUAAUCCAGUGCAGUUUUUGCUUCCCAACCAAAGAUGGGUGACAAAGUGGGGACAUGUCCCUUAACCAUCCUCUGUCAUGACACUCCUCCGGCCUGUCAUGUGCCUUCAUCUGUGCAUUGUUAUCUUUUAUGACAUUGACGUCGAUUUGCAUAGACAUUGCCAUUGCUGAAAUAAAUGUCUUCAGCUAAUGCACAA